GGGUUCGCAGUUUCUUUUCCUCUCUGACUCGUGCACUGACUGUCCUCAAUUACCUUUCUUCUUUCUAACCACUGCAGGCAUCGAGUCCUGCAUUCCCCUUCCUCCAUCACAUCACUUAAGAACCACAACCACAACCACCCACAAUGACCAGCACCAGCACCGACUCCCUAAUCCCCAACCCCGCGCACAUCCAAGCCGAAACCAUGCUGGCCCGCCAAUUCGGCCGCGAAACCGCCAACUACUUCUCCAGCUCCCCCCUAAACCGCCUCUCCUUCCUCCGCUCCAACCACCCCUUCCUCUCCGCCGCCCUCAACCACCCCUCCACCCGCUUCGUCCUCCUCAAGGACCUCGCCCCGCUCACGCAGACCGCCUCCCCCGCCUCGCCCUACUACGCCCGGUACGACGAGAUCCAGCCCCUCGUGCCAGCCACCAUCUACGACCAAUCCGAAGAGGAGAUUCUGGCCGCGUACGACUCGCGCAAGCCGACCGCCGCGACGCCGAUUUUUCUAGGGCUGGAUGAAAGAACCUCCCCCAAAGACGAGGGGGCGGCAGCGUCAUUCGCGUGGAAGAUCUACGCCGGGACGCCGUAUUUCGCGCUGGAUGUGAGCGGACCGCGUGGCGGGGAGGAGACGCAGCAGCAGCAAACGAAAAAAGUGGUGGAGGCGUUGGAGGCGAAGGGAUUGAGCUUUCUGCAGGCGCGCGUGGUGAUGAGUUUUGGUGCCGAUCAGGCGGCGAUCUACGCGCAAGCGCGCGCGCUGAUCGACUGGAACACGCGCAACACCUUCUGCGGGACGUGCGGGCAGCGGACGAUCGCGGUGCACUCGGGGACGAAACGGGCGUGCCCGGCGACGGACGUGGCGCGGCCGGCGGCGGGCCUGCCGGCGGAGCGGCCGGCGUGCAGCACGCGGACGACGAUCUCGAACCUAAGCUUCCCGCGGACGGACCCGACGAUCAUCGUGGCGGUGAUGUCGGCGGACGCGCAGCGGAUCCUCCUGGGGCGGUCGAAGCGGUUCCCGCCGAACUGGUACUCGACGCUGGCCGGGUUCAUCGAGCCGGCGGAGUCGGUCGAGGACGCGGUGCGCCGCGAGGUCUGGGAGGAGGCCGGCGUCACGCUGUCGCGCGUCGUCAUCCACUCCUCCCAGCCCUGGCCGUACCCGGCCAACCUAAUGAUCGGCGCCAUCGCCCAGGUCAGCGACGCCGCGCACGAGACGAUCAACCUCGAGCAUGACCCGGAGCUGGAGGAUGCCAGGUGGUUCGACAUCGCGGAGGUGGAGGAGGCGCUGCGCAAUGGGGUCAGUGCGCUCGGCGAUGGGCCGGGCCCCGAGUAUAAGGAGGGCGCGUUGCGCUUGCCGCCGCCCACGGCGAUUGCCAACCAACUCAUUCGGGCGGCGAUCAGUAUAGAUCUCCUUGGCGGGGAGAAGAACUCGAAGAUGUAG